GAAUAAUUUCCGCGGGAACACUUCCUUGUGCUCGUAGUCUUAUUCAAGUGAUAUCACAAAUUUUCAGGGAAAGAAAUUCAUCACAAAUUUCAAAAUCUACUAGUAGCAAAUUUGAUUUCUACACUUGGAGCGAAAUUACUGAUCUCAUUGCUAGUACCAUAAUUUGAUUAGAAUAUUCAUCAUGGAUGAUAAUUGAAUAUUAAAACCAAAAAUAUCAAAAUUUUUAUUAUUAUGCAUAGACGGCUCAAAUGGGCUUCACACAUUUGCUUUAGGAGCGUAAAGUCUUAUUCUUGGAUUCGUUAUGUGAGUUCCAAUGCAAACUCGUUGUACAAUUGGAACUCAAGAAUUACUAGCUAUUUUAAGAAAGGUGAUGUUGAGGCGGCAUGCAAGCUGUUUGAUGAAAUGCCCCAAAAGAAUGUAGUAACGUGGAACUGUAUGAUAUCUGGGUAUAUCAGAAAUGGGAUGAUUAAUCCUGCUCAAAAAGUGUUUGAUGCAAUGCCUAGCAGAAAUGUUGUUUCUUGGACAGCCAUGUUAAGCGGGUAUGCCAAAAAUGGGAAUUUAGAGGUGGCACGGCGUAUGUUUGAUGGAAUGGAUGAUAAGAAUGUGGUUUGCUGGAAUUCAAUGAUCUCGGGGUAUGUGAGCAAUGGGAGAUUAGAGGAAGGUAGAGAAUUGUUUGAUCUGAUGCAGAUUAAGAAUGAUGUGUCAUGGGCGAUUAUGAUUGAAGGCUAUUUCAGAUAUGGGGAUGUGAGUGAAGCUGAGAGGUUGUUUAGUGAAGCACCAGUGAAAAGUGUGCCAUUUUGUAAUGCUAUGUUAGCAGGUUAUGCUGAAAUGCGGAGGACUGAGGAUGCAGAUAAGUUAUUUAUGAGAAUGGAUACGCAUGAUGUGGCUUCUUGGACUAGUAUGAUCACGUGCUUCUCAAGAGCGAGGGAGGUGGAGAAAGCUAGAAGUUUAUUUGAUGAUAUGCCUGAGAAGGAUGUAGUCGCUUGGACUGCCAUGAUUCAAGGGUACUGUGAAAAUAAUAACAUAGAGGAGGCAGAAAAACUUUUUGCUGCAAUGCCUCACAGGGAUAUUAUUGCUUGGAAUUCAAUGCUAAGUGGUUAUCUGCAGAACGGAAAACUGCAAGAUGCUCUUCACCUGUUUCAUAAGAUGCCUUGGCAGAAUACAGUAUCAUGGAAUUUGAUGUUAUGGGGUUAUGUUCAGCAAGAUGAUAUAACUAAUGCUCGAGAGUUGUUUGAGCAGAUGCCUAGAAAAGAUGAAACCUCGUGGAACACUAUGGUUUCGGGAUAUCAAAAUGAGGAAGCUUUGCUUUUAUAUGUCCAGAUGUUGCGAAAUAAUUACAAGCCGGAUCAGAGCACAUUUUCCAAUGUGGUCUCAUUGUGUGGUGUUCUUGCUUUGCAUGCUUGGGGAAGAACUUUGCAUGCCUGUGUAACCAAGAGUGGCUUUCAAAAUGACACAAUGAUAACGAGUGCAUUCAUAUCCAUGUAUUCUAGGUGUGGAUUUAUAAAUGCUGCUUCCUCGCUUUUCAGAAAUAUGAAAAGAUCCGACACAAUAGCAUGGAAUGCCAUGAUUGUAUCACAAGCAUGUCAUGGUUCGGCUAAAGAGGCCCUUGAUCUUUUUCCUUGUAUGAUUCAAGCUGGAUAUGAACCAGACCAUGUAACUUUUCUUGGUGUCCUAACUGCAUGUGCUCAUUCUGGAUUAGUGGACAUGGGUUGGAGCUACUUUAUAUCAAUGGAGAAAAGGUGGAGUAUAAUUCCAAAGGCUGAGCACUAUAAUUGCAUGGUUGAUCUCCUUGGGAGAUCAGGUAUGCUAGCUGAAGCCUUCGAGCUUGUCAAACAAAUUCCUGUAGAUCUCCCUGCACAUGCUUGGGAGACAUUACUUAGUUGUUGUAGAGUCCACGAAAAUUUUGAUUUAGGUGAUCUUGUAGCGCAGAAACUUCUAAGCCUUCAGCCUUCUAAUAUUGGAAUGUGUGUCCUUUUAUCAAAUAUGUAUUCUGCAAGAGGAAUGUGGAAAGAUGCAGCUCGUGUGAGAGCACUACUUAAAAAGUUGGAUUUGAAGAAAGAAUUGGCAUGUAGUUGGAUUGAGAUAAAUGGUUGUAUAUCUCAGUUUGUUUCAAAUGAAAGGUGUAAUCCCAGAGCAAAGGACAUAUACAAAGAACUAAAAAGUCUUUCUGCACUGAUUGAGGAUAGUGGCACAGUAAUGUAUCAGGGAUGCUAUUCAAAAUUCAGUUCUUCUGAAGAAAUUAAUGUUUCUUAACAUGUUUUUUCCCUGUAUUCCUAUCUAUAAAAGUUCCUGAGUAGAAUUUCUGGUUCCUUCUUGAUGAAUUCAUCUAGGAUUGGAACAUUACCCAAUAGCCUUCAAAUCUCAUUAAGAGGUUGGUUCUUCAAACAUCUCUAAAUUGAAGAGCUACGCAUGUGAAUCUUGUGCACAUGCAUCAACUUAAAGCUUCUCUUUCUUCACAGAUGUUGCUUGAUAUCUGUUACAGAUGCUAGUCCAGUAUGUGAUUUUAUGAAGACCUGAAACCUUAUGCUUGACGAAAGUACUCUCGGUGUUAGUCAGAGUUGGGUGCAAUUACUGGUGAAAGCCGUGAGUUUUGGAAGGAAAAACAGGUACCCGAAAAAGAAAAUAGGAAAAAGAGAGACCUUGAUUGCAUGAUCUCCAUUAGAGGGGAAGGAGGAGGAAGAAUCUGGAAGAGAGAAAAAAGACGACAAUGAAAGAAAAACAAAGAACAUACUAGAGUAAGGGAGGGAGAAGGGAAAAGGAAAACAAAGAAUAGAAGAAAAGAAAUCAACGGAAAGAAAAGAAAUAGAUCCUUCUAUAGGGAUAUAAAAAGGAAAAUAUUUGUAGAGGGACAAUGGAGGAGAGGGAGGGGGAUUUGAGGGUUCCUCUGAUCUCUUCCUUGUUCUGUCUUUGUGUACUAAUGGGUGGUGUCCUCCUUGUUCUCUACCUUUUCGUGCCAGAUCACUCCCAGCCAUGGUUUCCAGCUGCAGGAUUGAUCUUGAUUGGUUCUCCCUACAUAUUUUGGCUCCUGACUUACUUUUACACCGGCAUGAAACGAUGCUGUUUUGGCGACAGCAGCGUUGACAACCGCCAGAUUUCAAGGCGCACCUCAAGGGCUGCCACAAUGGCAAACCCUGGGGUGGCCAGGACUGAUUCCAAGGCAAAUGCUGCGGCUUCUAAUAACAAUAGCAUUAACAAUGGCAAACAAGAAAGUGGCCAUAUCCAACAAGAUGGAGGAGAUGCAUCAUCCAUCAACUCUGCAAAGGAAAUUGAGAUGCCUUUAGCCUUAUCAGUUGCUUCUUCAUGAAAUGAAUACUUUAUCAAGAAAUGAUCUGGUGAGGUGGAUUGAUAAAUGGCUGCAUUAUGCAUGAGCUAUCACAGGACCGAGAGAUUUGGAUUUGCUGAGAUAAUUUAUAAUUCAAGGAUCAUGUCAUCAUUCAGGAGCUGUUAAGGAUGGUGAAGAUGCGUGAUAAUGGUGAAUGUAAGUAGAAAUAGCACAAACAGAUAUUUUAACUUGUCUUGGUAUUUACAAAAAUUGAACAAACAAAAAACUGCUCUUCUUGUUUCAUAGGUAGUUCUCUCUUAUUUCCUAUUUAGUCUCUUCCCCUCUCUCCUCCCCCAACUUUUCUUAGGUUCUCUUGAAACAUCAAGUUCAACCUAUACAGUACUCUCCCUUUUAGUGAUUACAGAAUAUCAAUGAUAAAUUUGGUAUAGUAUACCUUCUUGUUC